AUGGCCGCCCAAAGCCCCGACAUCACUCUAUACACCAGCCAGACGCCCAAUGGCAUCAAGGUGUCUAUUACUUUAGAAGAGCUUGGCCUGCCCUACAAGGUCGAGAAGAUUGAAAUCAGCAAGAACACGCAGAAGGAGCCUUGGUUCCUUGCCAUCAACCCCAAUGGCCGCAUCCCCGCCUUGACCGACACUUUCAGUGAUGGCAAGAGCAUUCGCUUGUUCGAGUCCGGCUCCAUUAUGCAGUAUCUUGUUUCGCGCUAUGACACCGACCACAAGAUCUCUUAUCCCCACGGAUCGCGCGAGGAAUAUGAGACGAAUAACUGGCUGUUCUUCCAGAAUGCCGGCGUUGGUCCAAUGCAGGGCCAGGCAAAUCACUUCACCCGCUACGCGCCUGAUAUUUUUGAGUACGGCAUUUCGCGUUACCAGAAUGAGACACGGCGCCUUUAUGGUGUUCUGGACAAGCACCUGGCCGAGACGGGAAACCAGUACAUCGUUGGUGACAAGUGUACCAUUGCCGACAUUGCUCACUAUGGGUGGAUCGCUGCCGCUGGCUGGGCUGGCGUCGAGAUCGAUGAAUUUCCGAAGUUGAAGGCCUGGGAAGAGCGUAUGGAGGCACGUCCGGGCGUCGAGAAGGGCCGCCACGUGCCCGACCCGCACACGAUCAAGGAGUUGUUGAAGGACAAGUCUAAGAUGGAGCAGCACGCCGCUGAGUCGAGAAAAUGGGUGCAGGCUGGCAUGAAAGCCGAUGCUCAAAAGUGA